CACUCUUUCUCCCCUCUCUACGAAACCCCAAGAACUGCAUUUUCGAAAAGAACCAGAGAGACGCCAUGGGCCAUUCUCUGCUGGUUCUUUUCUCUUUCUCUCUCUUCUUCUCUUCAUCUUUUGCUCAAACCUUAACCUUCUCUCCUUCUGAUGAGUUCUAUAUAAAUUCAGGAUCUUCAGAAUCAUUGAAAUUAGAUGGUGGGCGUGUUUUCAUAUCAGAUUCAGAGGCUUCCUCUUAUCUCUCUACGAAAGACGAUAUCCAGGUCUCGUCUCCGGCCGUCAAUGCCCCAUCUUCCCUCUAUUCUUCGGCCAGGAUCUUUGUCGAACAGUCGAUCUAUCGGUUCAAGGUUGUGGAUAAGGGAUGGCAUUGGAUUCGCCUCUACUUUUACCCAUUGGAGAACGAGCAAUUCGCCUUAACGGAUGCUGUGUUUUCAGUGACCACCGAUGAUAUUGUUCUACUCCAUAACUUCAACAUAGACAACAGCACCAAAUGGGUCAUGAAGGAGUUUCUGGUAAAUGCGACCACUGAUCACCUCUCUGUAAUUUUCAACCCAUUGAGAAACUCUGUAGCUUUUAUUAAUGGAGUCGAGGUGGUUUCGGCUCCCAAAACCUUGAUCUCUGAUGUGGUAUCUGGAAUUUCACCUGUAGGUGACUUUCCGGGGAUAAGCCAACAUACUUUACAGGCUCUUUAUAGGAUCAAUAUUGGGGGUCCUGAAAUUUCACCAGAGAAUGACACACUAGGUAGGACAUGGCUACCUGAUAAAAGUUUUUUAUGGGUGAAACAAAUAGCUAAAAGUGUGAAGAUUUCACCAGCUGCUAUUUCAUAUACAGAGACUGUAAGUCCAUUGAUUGCCCCAAAUUGGGUUUAUGCGUCAGCUCUAGAGCUUUCGCCAAUGAUUCGCCAUAGGUUCAAUUUGACAUGGGGCUUUAGUGUAGACCCGGGUUUUGGAUAUCUGGUUAGGCUCCAUUUUUGUGAUAUCAUAAGCCAGGCUCUGAAUAGUCUAUACUUCAAUGUGUAUAUCAAUGGCUACCCUGCAGUCACAGGGCUUGAUUUAUCAACCUUGGCCCUUGAUUUGGCUGUCCCUUACUAUAAGGAUUUCAUGGUUAAUGCAUCGAUAGCAAUGAGUCGAAUAAUUGUUCAAGUGGGUCCAAUGAGUCCAGACCCAUCUGGGUCUGAUGAACCAGAGCCCAAUGCUCUUCUUAAUGGGCUUGAAAUCAUGAAGAUUAGCAACUCAUUUGGGAGCUUGGAUGGAGAAUUCUCUGUUCAUCGUGGUAGAUCUCUGGUUAAGGCUGGUUCAAAGAACGGCACCGCAACAGCCGUGGGUCUUUUCAUGGCUUUUGCGGCAUUUGUGGGACUUGGGGCCAUGGUUUUUAGGUGGCAUAAGAGACCUGAAGAUUGGAGAAAACAUAACAGUUUCUCUUCGUGGCUUCUCCCUCUUCAUUCAGGUGGCCAUUCGAGCAUAAUAUCAUCACAAAGAGGAGGUUCCAGGAGUGGGUUCAGUGGAAACAUUUAUUCAUCGAGCAUUGGGAUGGGCCGAUACUUCAGUUUCUCAGAGUUACAAGAAGCCACGAAAAGCUUCAACCAGAAAUCAAUAAUUGGGGUUGGAGGCUUUGGAAACGUCUAUCUGGGAGAGCUUGAUGAUGGCACCAAAGUUGCAGUCAAGAGAGGGAACCCACAGUCAGAGCAAGGCCUAAAUGAGUUCCAGACCGAAAUCCAAAUGCUCUCAAUGCUUCGGCACAGGCACCUGGUUUCACUGAUCGGUUAUUGUGACGAACAAUCAGAGAUGAUUUUGGUUUAUGAAUACAUGGCCUUGGGGCCUUUAAGAGACCACUUAUAUGGCAAGACUUCAAAGCCAUUAACAUGGAAACAGAGGUUAGAUAUUUGUAUUGGGGCAGCAAGAGGGCUCCAUUAUCUUCACACUGGUGCAGCACAAGGAAUAAUUCAUAGAGAUGUCAAGACAACUAACAUUCUUUUGGAUGAGAAUUUGAUAGCAAAAGUUUCUGAUUUUGGCCUAUCAAAGACAGCACCAGGAAUGGAGCGAACCCAUGUGAGCACAGCAGUGAAAGGAAGCUUCGGUUACUUAGAUCCUGAGUAUUUCAGGAGGCAAAAAUUGACUGAUAAAUCUGAUGUAUACUCUUUUGGGGUGGUUUUAUGUGAGGUUUUAUGCGCCAGACCCGCCCUUGAUCCAGCACUUCCUAGAGAGCAAGUGAAUCUUGCAGAGUGGGCUAUGCAAUGGCAAAGAAAGGGGCUUUUAGAGAAGAUUAUAGAUCCCAGUCUGGCCGGGAAAAUAGCUCCUGAUUCUUUGAAGAAAUUUGCAGAGGCAGCGGACAAGUGCUUGAGAGAAUAUGGGGUUGAUAGGCCAUCAAUGGGUGAUGUUCUAUGGAAUUUGGAGUAUGCUCUUCAAUUACAAGAGGCUUCUCCUUCUUCAAUGCCAGUAAAUGAAGCUAUUUUGGCUGGAUCUUCAAUGCAGUAAUAAUGGGUCUUCUUAUUUAUCAGUGGAUGAGCUAUUUAUCAGUGGAUGAAGCUCAGAUUCAUUGCAAGAUUAUCAGAUGGUGUUCAUGAACAUUAAAUUUUAACCAUUCAUGGAUGUGUAUUUUUGGUGUUUGGUUAUGCCAAAAAGACAUUUGUAAACCUUUCAUUUGUUCAUUAUUUAUUCUUUCAGCUCUCUUUGAUCUCUCUUUCUAUUUUCUCUCAAUUUCUUUUUCAUGUUUUUUGUUCAUGUAUGGUGUAUGUGUGUUGGUUCUAAUGGAAUGAUGCUGUAAUAUUUUGUAUUAAUAAAGCUAUGAGUGGUACUGAGAUACCGGCACGGGUAUCAAUUUUUGAGAUCCA